AUGUUCUCGUACGGUUCUUGUCGGGUGGUUGGUGUCUCAUCUAGAGUGGAAGACGUAGUACUGGUUGAACUGCCGUCGGUGGAUGUAGAGUUUAGUUGUGUAGAUGCCUUGGCUGUCAAUAACAAAGAUGCCUUGGCUGUCAAUAACAAAGAUGCCUUGGCUGUCAAUAACAAAGAUGCCUUGGCUGUCAAUAACAAAGAUGCCUUGGCUGUCAAUAACAAAGAUGCCUUGGCUGUCAAUAACAAAGAUGCCUUGGCUGUCAAUAACAAAGAUGCCUGCGAGUCACUACAUAUAGCUUAUGAUUGA